UCAAACAACAUGUCGGUUUGCUACCGGUUUCCUCAUGCUUGGGCUGAGCGUAUGACGACAGAUCAAUCCAAACAUCUCGGUAUUUCUUUCUUUCAUAUCCUCUUUCUUGCGAACAUAUGAAGUUUCUUGCUCGCAACAAUUUCUUUAGACGUUUAUUUGCUUUUGAUUUUAGCUUUCGCUUAAUGAGAUAAACCUCGGCCAGAAAGCUGCCCCACAAAAUGCUAUGCGCCAUGAGUGCUCAACGAGGAGAGGAGAGCUCCUCGUUGCAUCAGCAAAUAAGCCGCCACAUCCACUAGGACCUCGAAAUCUGGGGUACGAGGGGAAGUCUCAAAGAGGACUUCAAUGCGCUUCUUCAGUGUUAUUUAUCAGAGUCCGCCGCAGUUGAUAUGGGAGUCUACAAGCUACAUUGAAGAUUAGUGCUUCACUCUUUCUUAAUCGUAAUCACAUCCUCCUCCAUAGUCUACAUACCACGAUGAGUUCAGCUACCAUUGAGUCCUUGGCUCCUCUUGCAGCAGCUCUGCCAGAUCCGCCGACCGAAUUACCAUUCACAGAAGCCAAUUGGAGGACGCUGCUGGCUAUUAUGGAUACUAUCAUUCCAUCAAUUCGGAGAGAAACACAAGCCACGGACAAGUCUACUCAAUUGACCAUUUCGGACAUCGAGUACAAUACAACAGUGGACGAUCUCAAGAAGACGGUUACAAAUCCACCAGAUAGUGAGUCGUUGGACGAGUACUUCAACGAGAGACCAUCCGAAAUUCCCAGGUUCCAAGAACUCUUGAAACGUACUUUUGUCUUCAAUGUCCGUGACGAUGCUCGGAAAGGGCUUGGGUUUAUUCUGGCGGCCUUAAAUACUCGAGUUGGGUGCUUAAUGCUCACAGGUUCUGCGACAUCUUUCCACGAACAGCCUCCUCAUAUCCGCGAAUCGAUCCUGCAGAGAUGGCAACAGUCGUACCUCCCUCCAUUGAACAAUGUAUACUCUCAGAUGACCCGCAUCUCGAGAUCACUUUGGUAUAAGACGUCUCCGACUUUCCACAAAGUGAGCGGGUUCCCUCCUGUUCCAGAGCACUACAAGCCAGGUUCACAUUUCGAGUACGAUUUCAUGCAGUUCCAGCCUGGUACCGAGCCAGAGAUUAUCGAAACAGAUGUUGUUAUUGUUGGAUCAGGCUGUGGGGGUGCUGUGGCUGCAAAGAAUCUUGCGGAAGGUGGACAUAAAGUUGUGGUGGUUGACAAGGCAUAUUACUAUCCUCCAUCACAACUACCAAUGAGCGAAGAAGCAGGAGGCAUCCAUCUCUAUGACAAUGGCGGAGCGGAUAACAGCGACGAUUCUUCGGUUACUAUAGUUGCAGGAAGCAGUUGGGGAGGUGGAGGAACUAUUAAUUGGUCAGCAAGUCUUCAAACACAGGGCUACGUAAGGAAAGAAUGGGCACAAGACCGAGGCCUGACUUUCUUUGAGACAGCCGAAUUCCAGAAUUGCCUGGACAGAGUUUGCCACCGGAUGGGAGUCAGUACUGAGCAUAUUCGACACAAUCACGGAAACCAAGUCAUUCUGGAGGGAUCGAGGAAACUUGGUUACCAUGCCAAAGCUGUCCCUCAAAAUACUGGAGGCAAUGAACACUAUUGUGGUCAUUGUACUGUUGGCUGUGGGGCGGCUCAAAAGCAAGGACCUGUUGUGUCUUGGUUGCCAGAUGCUGCUAAGGCUGGUGCCAAAUUUAUGGAGGGCUCCGAAGUUCACCAUGUCAUAUUCGAUGAGUCAAGCGGGACUAAGAAGGCUGUGGGUGUAAAAGGCACGUGGACCUCGAGGAACAGUGAAGGGGGUGUCGAUGGACCAGAUUCAGGAAAGACAGUGCGAGAAGUGAUCGUCCGAGCGAAGAAGGUUGUGAUAUCGUCUGGAACUUUGUGGAGUCCUAUUGUACUACUUAAUUCUGGUCUCACGAAUCCUCAGAUUGGACAGAAUCUCUAUCUACAUCCUGUGAAUAUUGUACUAGCGGUAUUCCCAGAAGAUGUUAGGCCAUGGGAAGGCGGCAUCCUCACAACAGUCUGUACAUCGUUCGAGAAUCUCGACGGUCAUGGCCACGGCGUCAAGGUCGAAACCACAGCCAUGCUACCAUCCUACGUCCUCACACUCGCAAAUUGGGACUCAGGGCUCGACUCCAAGACUCAAGCCCUCAAAUUCCGCCACAUGAACGGCUUCAUCUCCAUCGCCCGAGAUCGUGACACAGGUCGAGUCUACCCCGACCCCGUAUCAGGUAAACCUCGAUACCAAUACACACCCAGCGCCUACGACCGCGCCCACGUCCUAGAGGGCGUCAUCGCCAUCGCAAAAAUAUGCUACGUAUCUGGCGCCACGGAAAUCCGUCCCUGCAUCGGCGGCGUCGCACCCUUCAUCCGCAAUACCUCGGAAAUGCCCUCCUCCUCCUCAGACCUCGAAGCCGACCCAGGCAUAACAGACCCGUCCUUCAAAGCCUGGCUCGAAGCCCUCAAAAGAACAGGCAAUAAGCCGCCCAUAGCCCCGUUUGCGUGCGCGCAUCAGAUGGGCAGUAAUCGCAUGAGUGUGCGGCCUCAAGACGGGGUUGUGGAUCCGAAAGGGAAGGUGUGGGGGACUGAGGAUCUGUACGUUGCGGAUGCGAGUGUAUUUCCCAGUGCGAGUGGGGUUAAUCCUAUGGUUACCAAUAUGGCGAUAAGUGAUUGGAUUUCGAGGAGCAUUGGGAGGGAGUUGAGGGGCGUGGAGGCCAGGUUGUGAGAUUGGUGGGAUGGGAGUGGUAAGGAAGGAUAACUGGACUGGACUGGGGGUGUAUGUAUUUAUGGGAAGGGGUGUUAAUGGAAUGGAU